AUGGUAAAACCUCAAGCGUUUUCCGAUACUACUCUUGAAGCGGAAACUACCUUUAUUGAUAAUCAGGAUGCUAAACUUACUAACCAUAACAAAGAUGAUGCAGGCUCCUUGGUUAGCGGUAGUAGUGGUAAUUUAAAUGAUGUCCUCAAUGUUGUCUAUGGUACUAGCUCAGAGGAUACGCAAGGCGAUAGUCCAUGCGGACCAUUAGUAGAUUAUGAUAAAUUAGAUGAUAAAAAUACAAGUAGUGACGCAGUUGGUUUUGAUAAUCUUGGACUUGAAGUUGAAGCUGAAUCAACACAAUUAGUGGAUUAUGAUAAAUUAGAUCAUAAAACUACCAACAGUGGUGCAGGCGGUUUUGAUAAUCCUGGACUUGAAGUUGAAGUAAAAUCAACACAAAAUGCGACUCAUAAUCUCGAGACAACAGUAAGUGAUUAUGAUGCACCCCUCCAAUCCUGUGAUAAACCUCCAACUACCGGCGAAGAUCAUUCGCCUUUUGGUAGUGGACCAGGUCCAUUUGAAAAUGAUCCGAUUGAGAAUGAUACUGAAGAUCUAUUUUCUACUGCAUAUGUUAAUCAAGCAUUCGAUAUUGGACCUGAAUCUGCAAACGUCAAUGAUAAGAGAGAGGAUAAUGAUGUAAAACAGAAUCAAAUUAAGGAUAGUCCGCUUUCUGCCAAGAAGCAACCAGUAGAAGAAGCUGACACAACAUCUAAGGAUAUUCCUUCAGCUCAAACUGAAUCAAACAAGCAAGCUGAUCACAAGGAUGAGAGUGAUGAAGAUCAUCAUUCAGAUUCUAGUUCUGUUGCUAGCAGUAGUAGUGGCAAUUAUGAUGAUAUCUUCCAUGCAAUUUAUGGGCGUAAACAAAAUCAAGUUGGAGCUGAAAAUUAUCAAGAGAAGAAUUCACCUGGUGAUGACGGUAGCGAUGAGUAA